GCUGCUUGGGAGUUUAGAGCCGCACAACAAGCUCGAGCCACAGUAGCAACAACGUCCGGCGAGUCGCUGUCCUCUCAACCGUCGUUUCGUCCCUUUAACUAACGAGCCACGGCAAAUCCGCCACUGACUCCAACAAUGAAGGAGCAGACAAGUUUCCUCCUUUGCCUGCAACUUUUCACAGCGUGUCUGGUGUUUGGGGUGAACGGUGAUUACUGUGAGGUGAAUGUGUGCAGUAACGGUGGAACCUGUGUGACCGGAGCAGGAGCUCCGUUUGUUUGUAUCUGCCCUGAUGGCUUCUCUGGAGAAACCUGCAAUGAAACCGAGACUGGACCCUGCCACCCCAACCCGUGUAAGAAUGAUGGCACCUGCGAGUUGACGGGUCAUGUCCGCCGAGGUGACGUCUUCAGCGAGUACAUCUGCAAGUGCCAGCCGGGCUUCGACGGAGUCCACUGCCAGAACAGUGUCCAAGGGGCGGAUUUAAGUUUGCCAAAAGAUGUGAACGACUGUGCCGGCCAGCCAUGCGAGAACGGUGGCACCUGCAGGGACCUGGAUGGAGAUUUUAAAUGCCACUGCCCAUCCCCUUAUGUGGGCAAACAUUGCCAGCUGCGCUGUAUUUCUCUGCUCGGCCUGGAGGGAGGUGGCAUCGCUGAGUCCCAGAUCUCAGCCUCAUCAGUCCGUUACAGCAUGCUGGGCCUGCAGCGCUGGGGACCUGAGCUCGGCCGCCUUCACAACAAGGGGCUGGUCAACGCCUGGAGUCCCGCUGCACAUGACAGGAACCCGUGGAUAGAGAUCAACAUGCAAAGAAAGAUGCGCUUCACAGGUAUAGUGACGCAGGGUGCCAGUCGAAUGGGGACAGCUGAGUUCAUCAAGGCUUUCAAGGUGGCCUCGAGUCUGGACGGCAAGACGUACACCAUGUACAGAACAGAGGGAGAGAGGAAGGACCGUGUAUUUGUUGGAAAUGUGGACAACGACGGCACCAAAACCAACCUGUUUGAGCCCCCGAUCAUCGGCCAGUACAUUCGCAUCAUCCCUGUGGUGUGUCGCAAGGCCUGCACCCUCCGCAUGGAGCUGGUGGGCUGCGAGCUCAACGUGUAUUCAAACACUUCAGGUUGUUCAGAGCCGAUGGGCAUGAAGUCCCGGUUGGUGUCUAACCGCCAGAUCACGGCCUCCAGCGCCUUCCGCACCUGGGGCAUCGAGGCCUUCACCUGGCACCCCCACUACGCCCGCCUGGACAAACAGGGCAAGACCAACGCCUGGACCGCCGCCACCAACAACCAAUCUGAGUGGCUGCAGGUGGACCUGCAGUCUCCCAAGAAGAUCACAGGAAUCAUCACACAGGGGGCCAAAGACUUCGGCUCCGUCCAGUUUGUCACAGCCUUCAAAGUGGCUCACAGUGAUGAUGGACAGUCCUGGUCCAUCGUGAAGGACGAGACCACAAAGACAGACAAGAUCUUCCCAGGCAACAGCGACAACAAUGUUCACAAAAAGAACAUCUUUGAGCCCCCGUUCUACGGCCGGUACGUCCGCAUCCUGCCGUGGGAGUGGCACGAGCGCAUCACCCUGCGGAUCGAGCUUCUUGGCUGUGACGAGUAGCGCCUCCAUGGAUCCACCAACCCCCUCCUCCUUCUCCUCCUCCUCCUCCUCUUCCUCCUCCUUUCUCUACCUCCUCCCCCCUUCCCUCCUCCUCCCCCCCUCCCUCCCCUCUCCCUUAUGAGCCACACCUGCACUGCCUUGCUCUCAGCCCUAGGGGGCAGCAAACACCAGAGUAACUCAUCACCACCCCAACCCUGGCUGGUUGGAAGUGGGAGAUGUUACUCUUAACCACUGUUUCCAGGGUCCUGAUAGAGUUCACCUCACAGUCUCCCCUCUUUGUUCGUUUCCUGAACUGAUCACUCGUCUUUUCCACCUGAACCAAAUCUGUGAUCAUUUCUGGAAACGACUGUUGUCUGAUCAGGGCUGGGGUCAGAUGUUUAUCCCGCCUACUAGCUAAAUCAAAGGCGGUAGCUCGCCCCUCAUCCCUGUGUCAGAGGCCAGGGGUAACAGGACUGCUGCUGUAUCAGUUGGUGCUGCCUGGACUCUGAUCCUAGAUCAGUUCUACCUGGAACUUCGAACCUCCAAGACCCACGGCUGGUGAUGUACAUAAGCUCCACUUAACAGCUUGCACACGUCCUAUAAGCAAACACUUCACCUCCGCUCAAGACACACUGAAUAUAUAUUAUCUUUAGAGAAUGAAUUGACAUUUGUGGCCGAUUGUUUUUCUUUAACAGAAAGUGGAUCUGUGCAUAAGGAUACCUAAUCAAUAUAUUGGCAAGUAACCAAGUAGUUUAUAAACAGUUUAAAAUCAAAUUUGCCAUAUUUUUGUCUUUUGUUGAACAAAAAAAAAUAAGAUACUCAAAAUAUCUUGGUGUCCCGCUGUGUGUUCUCUGCGGUGGCUUGCACAGUAAAAUCAGUUUGUGUUUCCAAAAGUACAUUUGUUUGAACUGGUGUAGACGGUUAACAUCUAAGAUUUAAACAUGUUAAUCACUCAUACGAGUAGCAGCCAAUAACAGAAGAGCAAACAUCCCGCAGUUUACACAAAUCUCAGUUUUAGAGAGCGUGUGUACGAGGCGUGUUGUUUCAAAUCAGUUGGAAGUCAUCAACUCAUCUUGUGCCAACACCCGCUGAGAUUUUUUUUGUCUGCGUGGGUUUAAAAUACAGUACAUGGUGCAGUGAGGCGGACCGUUAAUUACACACGUUAAUCACUGUCAGCGCGAGACGCAAUCAGUCGGCGAGCCGGCGCAGCCAGUCAGUCAGCAGUCAAACAGAUGUGAGCUGAAAGCCAGAGGAGACACGCCCUCAUUGACAGACAGGAUGUGAUAAACAAAGGACAAAAAGAGUUUCAGAUCAUUGUUGAGAGAAGAGGAACUUUAUUGCUCUCGAGGAAAUGAAUAAUAGCCUUCGAUUGAGAAUUACACAUGCUGCCGUCAUGAGCCAAAAAGGCCAAAAAACAAACAGUCAUACGUUUCUCAUUCAGUAAAUGAUUUAUUUUUUCGCAUUUAGUUUUACACGUGACCGUUGCUUCAGUAUUCAGAUGUUAUUGGCUGCUACAACAGAUGUGGUUUAGUUGAACAAAAAUGUCAUGUUUCUGCUUGGUUUGUAGGUAAUUAUUCCUGCCUUUAACAGGCUGUUUGAAGUGGAAGGAUUGUGGAGGGGAACAUAUGCUUAUCGCUGUCUGUAAUUUACAGUCACACUUCCUAUCUAGACACUUCUUCACUUUUAAUCAGUUUUUGUUUUGUUUUUUUGUUUGCUGACUGGAUUCUUGGAAUUGCUAGAAUUACAGCAUUUAAUCUGUAACAAUCUGAUAAUUUUGUUGCUAAUUGGUUAACAUUACAAACAUAAAGAGAUUAACAGUUACAUAAAGGCUGCAAGCUUAACGUUUAUGAUGGAUGUUAUCAUCUCAGGUCAAAGCAGAUCUGCUCCUAAUGUUCAUUAAACACUAGCGAAACACUGCUAGUUCACUUAAUCCUCAGCUGUGCUUCUAGAUGUGUUCACACAGUUUUUUAUGGCACUUUGAUGUUUGUGUUUCUAACAUCUGAAAUAUUCAAAAACCAAAACAAUAUCGUGUGUUGAAGAGCAAACAGUUAACAUAUUCAUUAAUACAUGUUGAAGUUUAAAAAAAGAAAAAUAUACUCGCAGUUCAGCUUCUUUGUGGGAUUAAACAGGUUUGGUUGCUCAGUAUUAAUAUGCGACAUGCGUAUUCACAGUGCUGUUGUACUGAGAUCUGUACGUAUUAGCAGAUGUUAAUGUUUGCUGCAGACCGUCUAUCUUAGGGUCCAACAUUAUGCCUCCAGUUGAAAGCUGAGGCCCCGCUGAUAAGAAGAGAAACCAAAUUAAAGCUGAUUUUUACGGUUCCGCCGGACAUGUGACACGACCCGCCAUAUCAUCUGCUUCUGCCGCCCCCGUCACAGUAUUCUAAACCUUUCCACCCCAUGAAUUAUGAAUUAUGGGCUUGUGCAAUAUUAUACGGUGUUAGUUUUGAUAACAAUGAAUAUUAAUUCAAGAUCCUUGAAAAAUGCAUGAGGGGUUAGCAGUGCCACUGAGAGGUCGAGGACAGACGUUGGCGUCAGACACUGUACAAUAUUUAUUAUUGUCGCAGGCGAUCCCACGAGCAGUAACCCCUCGUUAUCCACGUCUGCAUGCAUCUUAUUGACUAGUGUUUCUCAGUUCCACCGAAUUGAAUUUAUUGGUGACAUAGUUUCAAUUUUUUUCUAGGUGUUCAUCAAAAUCCAAACUAUUGUUGAUAUUUUGUUUCCCCGUUGUUCAGAUUUUUUAUGAUUGAUCAAAGAACUGAUGAUAUUGAUGUGUUUUUAUGGUAUUCUGAGUUAGUUUCUUGCUAUAUACUGACUGUUGACCUCAGAGAAUUUAAACUGGAUUUGAAGUUGUUGUUUUUUUUUUAAUUCCAGUAAUGUGUUUCUAAGAGGAUUCCUUCUUUGUUUUGCCUUUGUAUCUUAUAAUGAAAAAUAAAUAAAGAAUUAAAACACA